AUGAAGGCGUGUGCGGUGAUAACGUUAGUGCUUGUAGCAAACACGGCUUACAUCGGUGUCGAGGCAUGGGGUGGCCUUUUCAACCGCUUUAGUCCUGAAAUGCUCUCUAAUCUCGGUUAUGGCAGUCAUGGAGGUUACAUGAACCGCCCUGGAUUAUUGCAACAGUCAAUCCAGGAAGGAUAUGGUGGUAUGUAUGAAGGAGUUGAACCAACGGAAGAACCUUGCUACGAGAGAAAAUGCGUGUAUAAUGAUCACUGUUGCCCGGGUUCCAUUUGUGUAAAUCUCGAUGGAGUUGUUGGAACAUGUGUUUCCGACUUUGGUAUGAAACAAGGCGAACUUUGCAGACGGGAUAGCGAUUGCGAAACUGGUUUAAUGUGUGCCGAAAUGCCUGGACGGGAAACAAAAUCGUGUCAACCACCGACCACUUCAAACAAAUUAUACAAUGAGGAGUGCACUAUGUCAAGCGAGUGUGAUAUCAGCCGUGGACUGUGCUGCCAAUUACAAAGGCGACACCGGCAAACUCCUAGAAAGGUUUGCUCGUACUUCAAGGAUCCUCUGGUUUGCAUCGGCCCGGUAGCGACGGAUCAGAUAAAGUCCGUGAUCCAAUACACUUCCGGCGAGAAACGGAUCACCGGACAGGGCAACCGCCUAUUCAAGCGGAUGCCAUUCGCCUAAACGCUCGCGCAUCAUCACAACGGAUGGGAAGUAUAUAAGAUAAGCUACGAGAAAAUCAAAUCCUCCUUUAGUCGUUGUGAAGUACCUAGGUUUAAGUCUGUCGAUUCGACAUUACAUUCAAUCUCCUUCCAAAUCCUAACUCUACUCCAUGCCACGAUGCACCGGAAAGUAUGAUGAUAGCGUGCGAAAAAAAUUGGAGUUAAAUAUUACUCGGGGAGAUGUUACUUCGAGGAUGUUUCUUCUUCGAAUAUAGCGCGACUGACAAACCUAUAACACAUAUCAUAGUAAGCCGUCUUAUAGGUCUCUAGGGAUAAGGGACACGCUAGCGUAGUUAUGAUAAGGAAAGUGCGCUGAUGUUUAAAAGCGCCGUUCGACAAAGAUGUUUCUUAAUGAUAUAAAACUAAGGUGUAAAGAAAAGCUCGAAAGAAGGUUUAUCUAUCGGUCUACCGGUUGAGCUUUUCUUUCGAAUUGUAGAGAAAGUUUAGUGAAGCACUUAAUUGUUCGCGAUAAGUCAUGGUCAUAGAAAUAAGAUAUAAUAAAUGAGAGGCGUGCACAAAGGGAGAAGUAAAGUCCUUGUUAUCGUCGCAGUGUCAACAUUGACUAUUAUUUUUAUUAAUCGGUGAUAUUCUCGUUAUGCUAAUCUGUAAGAUAUUUCAAAUGAUAAAAUCUAUCUUUCGAAAAUUUUCGAAGCAAUAGAAUAACCGAUCAUGACCGCUGACACAACAAUGUGGUUGCAUUGCAAAUGAGAUUGCCCUCAAUGCGAGAAAUUUCAAUGUCGAUACCGUGAAUGAUAAUUAAAUUGUAAGAAACUGUGCUUUUCAACUGCAUUUUCAUACAUUUUCACUGCGUAUAAAGUCAAAAUUGAUUUAAAAUUUGUUAAUUUCAUAAUAACAAAAAUAAUCUUAUGCAAAAAGAAGAUGAUAUACGAGAAGCAUUUCUAACACAAAGUUAAAAUAUAUAUUAAAAUAAAAAUAACCCAA